UUCUUAUGCACUCCAGCACCCCUAUCAGUUCCUUGUUCUCCUUCACCAGCCCUGCAGUGAAAAGACUGCUGGGCUGGAAACAAGGAGAUGAAGAGGAAAAGUGGGCAGAAAAAGCUGUUGAUUCCUUGGUGAAGAAGUUAAAGAAAAAAAAAGGUGCCAUGGAAGAACUGGAGAGGGCUCUGAGCUGCCCGGGUCAGCCCAGUAAAUGUGUCACGAUUCCACGUUCCUUGGAUGGGCGGCUGCAGGUGUCUCACCGCAAAGGGCUUCCCCACGUCAUCUACUGCAGAGUGUGGCGCUGGCCUGAUUUGCAGUCUCACCAUGAGUUGAAACCAAUGGAAUGUUGUGAGUUCCCAUUCGGCUCAAAACAGAAAGAAGUGUGCAUUAACCCCUACCAUUACCGGCGGGUGGAAACCCCAGUCCUACCUCCUGUACUCGUUCCAAGACACAGCGAGUUUAACCCUCACCUCAGCCUCCUCGCCAAGUUUCGAAACACUUCUCUGCACAGCGAGCCGCUGAUGCCGCACAACGCCACCUAUCCUGAUUCUUUCCAGCAUCCUCCGUGCACCCCUUUUCCAUCAUCACCCAGCCACAUGUUCUCGCAGUCGCCUAACAGCAUCAGCUACCCCAACUCACCAGGAAGCUCUUCUGGACCGGGAAGUCCCUAUCAGCUCACUGUGGAAACGCCACCCCCACCUUACCAUGCAAGAGAACCUCCAGGAACCCACAAUGGGCGGUCAAUGGAUGCAAUAGCUGAAAGUCAGCUAGUGCUGUCUUUGUCCAAUGGAGGUAAAUCUGCCGAUGGAGAAGCUGAAAACUUUCGGCCUGUUUGCUAUGAGGAACCCCAGCACUGGUGCUCAGUUGCCUACUAUGAACUCAACAACCGGGUCGGGGAGACUUUCCAGGCUUCCUCUCGAAGUAUCCUUAUAGAUGGAUUUACAGAUCCCUCAAAUAACAAAAACAGGUUCUGCCUGGGACUGCUCUCAAAUGUAAACCGCAACUCUACUAUAGAAAACACCAGGAGACACAUAGGAAAAGGUGUUCAUCUUUACUACGUUGGUGGGGAAGUGUAUGCUGAAUGUGUCAGUGACAGCAGUAUUUUUGUGCAAAGCCGCAACUGUAACUAUCAGCAUGGUUUCCACCCAGCCACUGUCUGCAAGAUCCCCAGUGGCUGCAGCCUCAAGAUCUUCAACAAUCAGCUCUUCGCCCAGCUGCUCGCCCAGUCAGUCAAUCAUGGUUUCGAAGUGGUGUAUGAGCUGACCAAGAUGUGUACGAUUCGAAUGAGCUUUGUUAAAGGCUGGGGAGCAGAGUAUCAUCGCCAGGAUGUUACAAGCACGCCCUGCUGGAUUGAGAUCCACCUGCAUGGACCAUUGCAAUGGCUGGAUAAGGUGCUGACACAGAUGGGCUCACCUCACAACCCCAUCUCCUCAGUCUCUUAAGAAUCAUCUCUA